AUGGGCUCACUUCCCAGCGGGCGAGACAAUCACCAGCAUGGGCUGGAUCAGAUUCCGCCGGAAUGGCCACUCAACUCCGUCCCACUGGACGCAGAUAUUCACGAUAGCCGGGACGUGAUCCAGCAGUGUGGUCUGCUGACAGCCAAGGAACUAGAUAUCACCAACACGGUUGGAGUGCGCAGGAUUCUUCGACGGUACGGAGAAGGCCACUGGACAGUCGAGGAGGUUCUGCGGGCGUUCUGCAAGCGGACAGCCAUCGCGACACAGCUUCUCGGAUGCUGUACGGAGCUGAUGUUCGAGUCUGCCAUUGCUCAGGCCAGGGAAUUGGAUCGUUGGUAUGCUGAGACAGGCCAGCUUGUCGGUCCGCUGCAUGGGAUUCCUAUCAGUAUCGGUCUCCAAGAUGAGAAAUCGGACGAUGACAUAUCGAGAUUCCAGAUGCACGAUAAUUGGGAGGACGACGAUGAGGAGGAGAUAGCAUUGUUUCAGCUGCAACGGCUUGGGGCCAUUCUGUACGCUCAGGCCGAGACAAGUGCAAAUGCUGGAAAACCCAAGCCCAGCUCAGGGGCUGCGGAUGAUGAUUAUAAAUCCACAGGGCAAAUCCUGCAGCACCGCAGCCUGAAUGCACUCAACGACCGGCUCGCCAGCUCUGGAGGCAUCGGCGCCCUCGUGGGCUCACGAGGCUCGAUAUUAGGAUUUGGCACGGAUUCCGGCGCCGCCGUGAGCAUUCGCAUUCCUGCCGCUUCGCAAGGGCUGUACGCCCUGUGUCCCAGUGUCGGAAGGCUGCCGUCCCGUGAGUCACGGCAAGAUCAAAAAUAUACCAUUGUCCGCCCAGUCGCGGGCCCGUUGAGUAAUUCGUUAGGCAGUCUGGAACUGUUCAUGCAAGCUUAUAUGAGCAUGGAGCCGUGGACGAUGGAGCCAAGUGUCGUGCCGAUUCCAUGGCGGUACGAACUGGCCGAGCCACCCAAGACAAAGGAUAGGAGCGGGUCUGUCAGCGGGUACAUAUACGGGAGAUUCAACGACGAUGACGAUGUUGAUGAUGGCGAGGAAGACUACGGUGAUGGUGCUCCCCAAUUGGGGCCUAACGGUGGUGUUGGUGACUCGGAUCUGGUUCUCCCUCGCGCCCUGCGCAUUGCGGUUGUGGUGGACGAUGGAGUCGUCACGCCGCAUUUGCCCAUUGUGCGUGCCGUGCGCGAGCUCGCAGGCAAGUUGAGACAGUGUGGCCAUGAGGUCGUCGAGUGGGAUACUUCGUCGCAUCGUGCGGCGUAUUAUGACUUGUGGGUGCCUGCUGUGACAGCGACAACCACGAAUAAAACGACGGUUGACCAUGACCCAGCGUCACGGGGGAGCAUCAGCAAGGAUGGUUCCGCCACAACCACAACCACCUCGGACAGUCCUGGCGCCCAGGACGGUACUGGUCUCGCAGACACAUUAGCCAACACACAUCUCGACCGUGUAGACGACACGGGGGCUCACAACCACAACCACGAUCCGACCGACAGCACUACUCAUUCUCGCCCUCAGCUUUUUAAUCCACACAGCACAUCUUCCAUAGGCGAGCGCCAAAGAAUCGAUCUCGCUGCCCAAAUCUGGAAGUUCCGCCGCAUGUACCUCCGCCACUGGCGAGCGAGCGACAUCGACGCGUUGGUGAUGCCUGUGACGCCUUGGGUUGGCAUACCCAGCUCUGCGAGUAGAAAGCACUCCGCAGCCGAAAAGUCUCGUCAGGAAGAGUAUUUUGGAUAUACUUCGAUCUGGUCGCUGCUCGACUACACGGUGCUCACGAUGCCGGUGGCGACCGUGGACCCUGUGCUUGACGAUCCGAGAUUGCAGGCUUCGAAUGCAUCCACAAACACAAACACUAGCAACACUACCAACACCACCAGCAGCAGCAGCAGCAGCAGCAGUGGCAACAGUAGUAGUGCUCAGGUUGAAAAUAUCACUGCAUCCCGCGGCGAUGUGCCACCUCCUACUACUACCAACGACAAUCGGUCUCACGCCAAUCAGUCAAAGCCAUACACCGAUCUUUGGGACUCCGGCUUGGUCCAGAACAUGCCGAUCAACGUGCAGAUUGUGACGGGUCGGUUUGGGGAGGAAAAGGCAUUUGCGGUAGCCAAGGUGUUGGAACAGUUGCCGUAG